AUGGCGUCAGAUACGCAAACCGCGAUAUGUCUCGACAUAGCCGUCGACCACCGUAUUAGAAAACUUCUCAAACCUGUCCCAAGAUACGCGACAGAUACUUCCACACAUGUCUCCCGUUUGGAGCAAGAGGGCCGGUCGUUGCGGUUGCCACGCGCCGAGAUCCAAGUCACAGCACAGCUAGCGGGCCCGCCUGUAAAAGGCGGCAUCGUCGUCAUGCUGCAGCAGCCACGGCACAACCACCCGUUCGAGGAGGGCCUCGGUGCCGUCAUUGACAACUGCGAAACGCUCCGUGCCCUUGAAGACAUAUUCACUGUGGUCUCCCGCGGGACCCUGGAUUUUCGGAAGGACGUCGCCGUCAUCGAUCUGCUCCCAUAUGUUUCGGGAGACCCAAGGGAUGUCGACGACACGAGGCUGAAGAAUGCCUUUCGCACAUCGACUGCGACUAUCUGCGAUAAGAGGCCAGACGUUCUGCUCUGCGCGGGCAAGAUAAUGAUGCCUCUUGGAAGAGCGAAGACUGUCAAGGGCGAUUCUUACAAGUUCGAGAAUAUCGGGAUCGGGGAGCAAUUCGGACGUGUUCCGAAGUGGCAAGUCAGGGCGUUGGUUCGGCCGGAAGGACAGCAUUAUCAAGAGCUCUACUCGGAGACCCUGUUUGACGUAAGCAUGUGCGUCAGCCGUCUCAUUCCCACCGACCAGGGCUACGAGGUCUUGCUCAACAGUGCUCUAAGCGAGAAAUGCAACAAUGCUAGUCUUAUUCUGCGCCAGAUGCUUCGCCUCAAGGAAAGGGGCUGGCUCGAAUCUGUAGCCUGGAUCAACGAGGCUGCCCUCGAGCGAGUGGCGGCCGACACUGAUCAAUUCGCCACCGACACUUACCACUUUGUCCAAAGGCCUGCACCCAGAGCCGCAAGGCUGCCCGUCGAAACGCCGCUCGCCAGGAUGCUCCGAGAAAACCUCGAUCUCAUAUUUACGCGUGCCACGGUGGUGCAGCGUCGCGAAGAGUAUGACUUUAGCUUGAAGGACGCAGCCAAUGAUUUCCUCGAUCUGGCAGUCAAAAUCGAGACGCUGCUGCUGAAUCUUUUGCGCGAGAAGGAAGCGGCGCUUUACGCACAUGGCCAAGAAGACGUACUUUCAAAGAAGCUGAGCGGGUUGACUCUUGCGCCGAUCGCCACUCCGGUGACUACACUGUUGCCAGGCUUCUACCGCCGUCAACCAUCGCCGAUACGCAUGGCGAAGCUUCCGAGCAGUCAGGUCAGUCGGGUCAACUCCGACAUAUCUUCGGUCAGCUGGGGUCUUGAUUACUUUCAGGAAGAGAAGAUCACGCCCCUGGCCUGGAGAGAGUCUCCUGUAACGUCGUCUGCUGACGAAGAUACGGGCGAUAUCCGCCUCUUCUUGCGGCACAACGUAAACCCCGUCGAGCUCUUCUACAACCUCUUCUUCAUUUCCAAUCUCGAAAGCUUUGGGCAGACGUACUUUAUCGCCAACCUCGGCAGUCUCACAGCCUACCUUGGCUUCUUCGGCAUCACCUGA